UAUCCUGUAUCAGUGAUUCAUGGAGUUGGAUAUAUUAUGAGAGUACAUUUACGUUACUGAAAGUCCCUCACAAUUAUGCAGUAAUUACACGUGUCAUCUUGAGAACGACAUCCAAGGUCGAGCUUCGAAAACGCAAGCAUCGGCGUCGACGCGUCAACGCGACAGCAGGAAGUCUUACAAACGUACGACGCACCAAAUUGUCAGUGUGUCCGGCAGCAAAAUGGCAGCGAGUGACUCUACCACGGACGACAGCCUUUAUCCGAUCGCGGUUCUGAUCGACGAGCUAAAAAACGAGGAUGUCCAGCUACGUCUCAACUCCAUCAAGAAGCUAUCAACAAUUGCACUUGCACUAGGUAUCGAACGAACACGAAGUGAGUUAAUUCCAUUUUUAACGGAGACUAUUUAUGAUGAGGAUGAAGUCCUCCUUGCACUGGCUGAGCAACUUGGCACAUUUACUCCUCUCGUUGGUGGACCAGAAUAUGUGCAUUGUUUAUUGCCACCAUUAGAAUCUCUGGCCACUGUUGAAGAAACUGUGGUUCGUGAUAAAGCAGUGGAAUCUUUGAGAAAUAUUGCGAGUCAGCAUAGCCCUGCAGAUUUGGAAGAGCACUUUGUUCCUUUGGUACAACGCUUAGCUUCAGGAGACUGGUUUACAUCAAGAACAUCAGCAUGUGGUUUGUUCAGUGUUUGUUAUCCAAGAGUGAGUCCAGCUAUCAAAGCGGAAUUGCGAAAUCACUUUCGCAGUUUAUGCCAGGAUGAUACACCUAUGGCACGACGAUCAGCUGCCUCUAAAUUAGGUGAAUUUGCAAAAGUUGUGGAAAUCGAAUAUCUUAAAUCAGAUUUAAUUCCUAUGUUUGUUAUCCUUGCUCAGGAUGAACAAGAUUCAGUACGUCUUUUGGCUGUUGAAGCUUGUGUUAGUAUUGCAGCAUUAUUACAACAAGAAGAUGUUGAACAGCUGGUUAUGCCUACGCUUCGGCAAUGUGCUAGUGAUCAAUCAUGGCGUGUUCGUUACAUGGUGGCAGACAAAUUUACAGAUCUUCAAAAGGCUGUUGGUCCAGAAAUAACAAAAACAGAUCUUGUGCCAGCAUUUCAAGUAUUAUUAAAGGAUAUUGAAGCAGAAGUACGAGCUGCAGCUGCUGAUAAAGUUCGCGAUUUCUGUCAGAAUCUUGAUCAAUUCAAUCAGGAGUCCAUAAUAAUGACAAAUAUAUUACCUAUUGUUAAAGAACUAGUGGCAGAUCCAAACCAACAUGUAAAAUCAGCUUUAGCAAGUGUCAUCAUGGGAUUGAGUCCCAUACUUGGAAAACACAAUACGAUUGAACAUCUAUUACCUUUAUUCCUAUCUCAACUUAGAGAUGAAUGUCCAGAAGUACGACUCAAUAUUAUUAGCAACUUGGAAUGUGUUAAUGAAGUUAUCGGAAUACAACAACUUUCACAAUCCCUCUUACCUGCUAUUGUGGAAUUAGCCGAGGAUUCUAAAUGGCGUGUGCGACUAGCUAUUAUUGAAUAUAUGCCAUUAUUAGCUGGACAACUUGGAGUAGAAUUUUUUGACGAGAAAUUAAAUUCUUUAUGUAUGACUUGGUUGGUGGAUCAUGUUUAUGCAAUUCGGGAAGCAGCUACCUUAAAUCUGAAAAAGUUGGUAGAAAAGUUUGGUCCCGAAUGGGCACAGAAUACAGUUAUACCCAAAGUUUUGGCUAUGUCUAGGGAUCAGAACUAUCUUCACAGAAUGACAUGCUUGUUCUGCAUUAAUGUUUUAGCUGAAGUGUGUGGUCCAGAGAUAACAACAAAGGUAAUGCUUCCAACAGUAUUAACAAUGGCUACUGAUAAUGUUGCAAAUGUAAGAUUUAAUGUCGCUAAGACUUUCCAACGAAUUGGACCUUUUCUCGAACCUUCAGCAGUUCAAACUCAAGUAAAACCUAUUCUCGAUAAACUGAACACUGAUAGCGACGUAGAUGUGAAAUACUUUGCUUCAGAAGCAAUAGCUGGCAUUGCAGCGUAGGUUGAACAACAUAGAAUGCAUUUAUCAUAUACCCGCAACAUAUUCAACUUAAAAAUUUGAGAUAAAAAUAACAUCCUACAAUACUUCACUAUACAUGGUAAUAGAUAAUAUUAAUGCACAAUCAUGAAGCAGACUUUGACGCGAUACAAAGGCAUACAAAUUCUAAUUAGUAGAUUAUAAAUAUAUCAAAUAGAUCAUAUAAAUCAUAUUUCUUAAGUUAUGUUGUAUUUGUAUACCUAUUAUUACCUUACAUUAAUAAGUACAAUAUUCAAUUUAAUUUGUAACAUGUAUUUCUCAUACA